AUGAGCUCAAUUGAAGGGACGCCAUCUCUGGAAUUUGACGAGGUGAUUCAGAAUAAAAAUCAACUUGUGUUUCUGGACAAUGCCAGUAAAUAUUUCACCAAAUCAGAGAAACAGCAAGUUGAUAUUGAAAAAACGAGCAACAGAUUUAAGUACUUGCUUGGUCUUACUGGCUUAUUUCGUCAUUUCAUAGAAGCCAAGGCUAAUAAGGAUCCGCUUUUCCGAAAAAUUGUUGAUGAUUUGCACGAUCUGGAAGCAAAGCUCAAAUCGUCAAGUCAUGAUUCCGUUAGAAGAAGGAAGACCGAGAAGGAAGAAGACGCGGAAUUGUUGAGAGAAGAAGGGUCAAGUAAGCAGCCUUUUGAGUUCACAGAAAGUCCUGGCUAUGUCAACGGGAAAUUGAGGCCCUAUCAGAUUCAAGGUUUGAAUUGGUUGGUGUCGUUGUAUGAGAAUAACUUGUCAGGUAUAUUGGCCGACGAAAUGGGGUUGGGAAAGACGUUACAAACGAUUUCGUUUUUGGGGUACUUGCGUUUCAUGUACAAAAUUAAUGGACCACAUUUGGUGAUUGCACCAAAGUCGACAUUGGACAACUGGUACAGAGAGUUUCAAAGAUGGAUUCCCGAUAUAAACGUAUUGGUAUUGCAAGGCGAUAAAGACGAAAGGUCUGACUUGAUCAAGAACCGGGUCAUGACUUGCGAUUUCGAUGUUAUUGUAGCUUCUUAUGAGAUUGUCAUUAGAGAAAAAGCAACGUUUAGGAAAUUCGAUUGGGAAUACAUUGUUAUUGAUGAGGCCCACAGAAUUAAAAAUGAGGAAAGUUUAUUGUCACAGAUUAUUAGAAUGUUUCAUUCAAAGAAUAGAUUGUUGAUUACCGGUACCCCAUUGCAAAACAACUUACGUGAAUUGUGGGCCUUGUUGAAUUUCAUUUUACCCGACGUGUUUGCCGACAAUGACUCCUUUGAUGAGUGGUUUCAGAAAGAUGAAACGAAUGAAGGGGAAGGGGAGGUGAUUUCUCAAUUACAUAAAGUGUUGAAGCCGUUCUUAUUAAGAAGGAUUAAAGCUGACGUUGAAAAAUCAUUGUUGCCUAAAAAGGAGCUAAACAUUUACACCAAGAUGUCCCCAAUGCAAAAGAACUUGUACCAAAAAAUUUUGGAAAAGGAUAUUGACGCUGUGAAUGGGGCCAACAAAAAGGAGUCCAAGACAAGAUUACUCAAUAUUGUCAUGCAGUUGAGAAAAUGUUGUAAUCAUCCGUAUUUAUUUGAUGGGGUUGAGCCUGGGCCCCCAUAUACUACAGAUGAGCAUUUGGUCUAUAACGCUCAAAAGAUGAUUAUUUUGGAUAAAUUGUUGAAAAAAUUUAAAGCCGAGGGCUCGAGAGUCUUGAUUUUCUCACAAAUGAGUCGAAUGUUGGACAUUUUGGAAGAUUAUUGCUAUUUCCGAGAAUAUGCUUAUUGUCGAAUUGAUGGGCAAACUGAGCAUACUGAUAGAAUCAAUGCCAUUGAUGAAUACAACAAACCAGGUAGUGACAAAUUUGUGUUUCUUUUGACAACCAGAGCCGGUGGGUUGGGUAUCAAUUUGACCUCUGCCGAUGUUGUGAUUUUGUUUGAUUCAGAUUGGAACCCACAAGCCGACUUGCAGGCGAUGGAUCGUGCUCAUAGAAUUGGUCAAACUAAGCAGGUCAAAGUGUUUAGGUUCAUUACUGAAAAUGCUAUCGAGGAAAAGGUUUUGGAAAGAGCUGCGCAGAAGUUGCGUUUAGAUCAAUUGGUGAUUCAACAAGGUCGCAAUAACAAUGCUGCUGGGUUGGAUGGACAGCAGAGCAGUAAGGCUGCAUCUAAGAAUGAGUUGUUGGAUAUGAUUCAAUUUGGAGCCGCGGAUGUGUUCAAAAAGGAUGAAAGUGAAACCCCAGAACAAAGCGAAGGAGCACUGGGACAGGAUUUUGAUAUUGAAGAAUUGUUGAGGCAUUCUGAGGAAAAGACACAAGAGUUGAAUGAAAAGUAUGCCAAGUUGAAUUUGAAUGCCUUGCAAAAUUUCACCAAUGAUGAAAGUGUUUAUGAAUGGAAUGGAGAAAACUUUAAAAGAAAGGAACCCACGGCCAUUGCCAAUAUCGGACAUGCAUGGAUCAACCCAGGUAAAAGAGAACGCAAGGAGAAUUAUUCAAUUGAUAUGUAUUAUAAGGAUGUGUUGAAUACGGGUGGCGGUGGCAGUGGUAAUCGGUCACUGCAAGCCGUGUCCAAAUCAGGUCCCAAACCACCAAAGCAAUUGAACUUAUACGAUCAUCAAUUUUUCCCUCCAAAGGUGUUUGAGUUGUAUGAGUUGGAGAAAAACUAUUACAAGAAGCAAAUUCAGUACCAAGUUCCAUUGAAAGCUGGUGAUGCGUCAAGUUUGAAACAACGAGAAUUGGAACAGAAAUUGGAACAAGAGGAAAUUGCUCAAUCGCGGCCUUUGACUGAAGAAGAGCGCCAGCUAAAGGUGGAUUUGAUGAAGCAGGGUUUCACAAAUUGGAACAGAAAAGACUUUUAUCAUUUCAUUUCUAGUUGUGCUAAGUAUGGUCGUAAUUCAAUCCCAUUGAUUGCAUUGGAGUUCCAAGGCGACAAGACUGAGGAAGAGGUACGUGAAUAUGCUAAACAGUUUUGGCGCAAGUAUCAAGAAAUAGAGGGAUUUGAGAAAUACAUCGGUCAAAUUGAACAAGGUGAGGAGAAGAUUAUCAAAUUACAAUUGCAAAAAGAGGCAUUAAGGAGAAAGCUUUCACAAUACAGGUUCCCGCUUUUGGAGUUGAAGUUGAAAUAUCCACCAUCUUCAAAUGCCAAGAAAGUGUAUAGUGAAGAAGAAGAUCGAUUUUUGCUUGUUCAAAUGUAUCGAUUUGGUAUUGAUCUGCCGCAGGUCUAUGAAUCAAUCAAGGAAGCGAUACGUGACUCACCCAUUUUCCAAUUCGAUUUCUUUUUGCAAAGUCGGAAUGUCACUGAAUUGGCUAGGAGAUGUAACACUUUACUCGGUUGUGUUUUGAAGGAAGUGAACCCAGAAAAGCAGAAACAGUUUAAUGCAUCUAAUGGUGGUGGUACCAAACGAUCAAGAGAAUCUUCCACCAGUACUUCUAAAAAGAGCAAAAAGUGA